UGACUUUCUUCGCCUUGUUGUUGUUGUUUUUUAAACCGACACGGAGUCGUACGGCGGUGUGUCGCGAGCAGGCGCGCGUUCGCCGUUCCCGGUAUUGUCCGUCCUGGGGGGGCUGGCUCAGCCCGGAACAUGUGCCUUUCCACCGGAGCGGGGGACGCCGUGACCGCCUGGCGCGACGCUGUUAACGUGGACUGUGCUUCAGAGCGGGAAUAGGUGUCGACACGUGAGACCGCGGGGACUCCACGUGCUUGGUCGAGACGGCCGGUUGCAGGACCGCGCGGCACCGGUGGGGUGCAGUUAGAACCCGGACGUGUGCUGGGAAGAGGGGUUUGUCCACGGGCGUUCGUGUCACGGGAUGGGGCUCCGAAUGUGAAAGCUCCAGGAAAGAGGAGGAGAGCCCCACGCGAGUGGGCUUGUUCGACUCUCUGCACUUGGACUGCAGAUAACGUGACGGUGUCGCGCGUGGUAUUCACUCGUGGAGCCUUUUAUGAGGAGGAGAGGAGGGGGGGUGCAGGGUCCUUUAAAUGGAUUCGUGUUAUAAUCUUUAUAACGUUAAGCCAGCCUUCACAGCUGUCAUGCUCCCAGGGUGGCGGCGGCGGCGGCGGUGGGGGGGGAGGGGUGAAAUAUUCCAAUUUGGGUAGGUCUUGAGUUCACAUACUGCCGGGCCAACGUCGACGUGAAUGUCAUUUAUCUUGGUGUUCAAUUGUAAAAACGUGUAAUGAGAGAGAAAGGGGAAAAAAAAACAAGCUCCUUCACACCCAGCGCUGGUUUCUCGAGCUGUCAGGUUGUGCAUCAUAGUUGUUAGGCUGAGGCGGGCCAAGGUUUAAGCCUUUCAGACUACAAUCUAAACUGUAUAAGAGAUGGAGAACAUCUGCCUGGAGUGGUACUGCGGAUAAUGGUUUUCGGGGACCGGGGCAGACUCCGCGGGGCCGCUUCACUGCCGUGUGUGGGCAGGAGCGUCCGGGGCUCGCACCUUUAGCCGGCCGAGUGCCACACCUUCCCCUCCUCGUCACGCCUGGCGUGGACGGGCCGGGGGAGCUGCAGAACUCGGGUUUCAGGAUGACUCCCCCCCCCCGAGCCGCGGUGCGCUGCGUGCGUCGUGCGGCUCAAGCGCUCCGGGGCGGGAAGACUCGUUCAGGGAGUAUUGCAGUUCCCAGUGACCGGCAUUCAUUCGUGAGCCCAUUAAAACUCUAAUAAUCAGCCCGUGGAAGCGAGUCAUUUAUCUUAUAAGAUUCUAUAUCGUUAAUAAAAGAGAGUGGUUUGCACAUUGCGUUCGCGAAACUGUUGUGUGUUUCGAGUCAACGCUGUAACCACUGUGAGGAGCUGACCUUGUGGGCUGUUUUAUCGGGGGGCUCAGAAUUGUAAUUUUAGCCCCUUUGCAUGUUGCUUCAUUUGGGCGUAAUUAUUGCUUUCGAUGUGUUGUAGUCGGGCUUUGUGCCAGAUUGCAGAGGACGGUUUAUGAAGCUCGGGUUGACGGGAACAUGUUUUACGGGGUCCGAUCUGCAUUGACUUUGUUCAACAGGCGCGGGGGAAUCUGACCGGGUUACGACCUUCGAAGUUGGAAUUUUAAUUUCUUGUUUGGUGUGGUUAAUUGACGCGAUUAAUUUGUGUUAUGUUCUUUUAAAUAUACUGAUUGCCCCCUUUCCCAUGUGAAUUCUGCCCAUAUUUUUGGGGUUUUGUUUCUGUACGAGUUCUACUUUGUGUGUCAAGCUCGGCAUCUGAUAUACCCAGCAUGGCUGUUGCAUGUCUGAAAUGGCAGAGUCAGAGGUGAAAGAGCUUGUUCUAGAUAACUGUCGUUCCAAUGAAGGUAAAAUCGAGGGCCUCACAGAUGAAUUCGAAGAACUGGAAUUUCUAAGCACAAUCAAUGUAGGCUUAACAUCAGUGGCAAACUUGCCUAAAUUAAACAAACUUAAAAAGCUUGAGCUCAGUGAUAACAGAAUCUCAGGGGGGCUGGAGGUGUUGGCAGAGCGAUGCCCGAAUCUCACACAUCUCAACCUCAGCGGCAACAAAAUCAAAGACCUCAGCACUAUAGAACCUCUGAAAAAAUUGGAAAACCUGAAGAGUUUAGACCUGUUCAACUGUGAGGUGACGAACCUGAAUGACUACAGAGAAAACGUGUUCAAGCUGCUGCCCCAGCUGACGUACCUGGAUGGCUACGACAAGGAGGACAAGGAGGCUCCCGACUCGGACACCGAGGCCUACGUGGAGGGGCUGGAUGACGAGGAGGAGGAUGAGGAAGAGGUAGAAGAAGAGGAGUACGACGAGGAGGUGGCCCCAGGAGAGGAGGAUGAGGAGGAGGGUGAAGAAGAAGAGGAGGAUGAGGAGGAAGGAGAGGAGGAGGAAGAGGACAUCAGUGGAGAGGAGGAGGAGGAAGAAGAGGAGUUCAACGAUGGUGUAGAUGACGAAGAUGAGGAUGACUUUGAAGAGGAGCGGGGACAGAAGAGGAAAAGAGAGCCAGAAGACGAAGGAGAAGAAGAGGAUUAAAAAUACUUUCCACCCCUGUUGUGAUCUGACUGUUUUUGCCCUGUAUUUCCCUGUACAAUUUUCUCAGUCGUCCUGUGGCCGUGGGAAUAGGAGAUUUGAUCCCGGGGAGGGGGGAGGUGGGGGGGGUGCAAGUUGAAUUUUAUUUUAUUUUUAUUGUCACGCCCCUUUCUCAAUUUCUCCUUUGCUCUGAUGUUUCCUUGAAUCUGUGAGAGAGAGAGCAGUAGUAAUAUUUUCUAAAUGGAGUGGACAGUGCAGCCCUUGUAAAGACGUAUUUCCUGUUUAUUAAUGCCUAAAUGUGUAUACAGGUUGCUGAUGACUUGUGUAUUUAAAAAAAAAAGAAAAAACAUACCAAAAACCUUUUAUUAGAGUGCAUGUCUGAGUAUAUUUUAAUGUUUGACUACUGGUUUUCAGAAAUCACCUAUACCUAUUUUUUUUCUUUUACAGUGUAAAAUGUGCUUCUGUGAUGUCAUCAGUAUGUUGUAUGUACUGUUUAGGCAUGGAAAAGAAUGCAUCAUUCUGUCGACUAGAACAUGCACAAAAAUCACAUUUUAGUAGUGGUUUUUCUGUAUGUCCUAUACUAGAAUACAUUAUGUCUGCCACUAUCAGAAAAUUAAAAAAUGCAUUUUUUUUCCUGCUUGGAUAGCUUCGGUAUUUUGUUUUUGUAAAUAGUGACCAAAUAUUUUUUUGCAUUAGGCUUCAUUUUUGAUAAUGGCAGACAUCUUCAUGAAAUAAUUUCAAUUGUAACAUUGAACUGUAAUAAAAUAUGAAGUUUAAAAUACCCGUGUACUACUUUGGCCUGUAAACAACAGUAACUAUGGUUUGGAGUAGAUGGAAUCUGUGAAUUUUCUUAUGAUAGUUUUUAACUUUCUUUUUAAAUGCAGAGUGCAGAGGCAGACUUACUGAGCAUGACCUGAUAUUUGGGCUUGUUUUCUUACAUUCAGUGGCAUAUUACUAAUGCAAAAUUGUAUUUUCUUACGUAGCAGUCAGUGAUUGACUGAAAAUGCCUCAUGAAUGUAAUAGAUUACUUUCAUUUCCCUUAUCAACAGUUUGAGUGAUUUUGUUUUUCCUUUUCUGUAUGUCAUCUGUACAAAGGCAAACAUUUGAAAAAAACUCUUAAGAGCCA